AUGCGCAAACACAAACAGUGCACAUUCUGAUUUCUUAUCACAUCACAGCCAGUCAGUAAACAAUUAACAUUCCUUCAACGCAACAACAAAAUUUAAUUCGCACUAACCCAACAUAAAAAUGUUCACUGAUCCUGAUUGGUUAACGUCAUCACCCAAAUGGACCGACGACCACAAACCCAUCCUUCUGGACAACCCCAUCGACCCAACCCCCACCGUCACCCUCUCGCAGCUAAUCGAAAAAAGCUCCCAAUUCCCCGUGGACUUCCCCGUCGAAUCAAUCCGGUGCUGCCAACUCAAAAAAAUCACAACUAAAGAAACCCUAGAAAAGAACAUCAACUCAGCGUACCCCGUAAUGCACGAGCAUGCGCUUUACUUGUGCUCUGUUUUCCUCCUCCACCAACGAAAAUUCGGCCAAAGGUGCGAUUUCUACAAGAACAUGACCCUCCUCCAGUUCAUUGAUAGGUUGCUGGGGAAAAGAGCGGCCAUGUUUGUGGGACGCGUCGACCACUACAUGCUCCUGAAUGGUAAAACGGGUACGGGAAACUGGGAAAAAAUUGGGACUCCGAGUGAAUCGCCUCCUCUUAUUUUGGAGGACUGCUUGAGCUACGACGAAAUUAAACUGUCGGCUUUGUUAUCGGUGUCGUCGUUUAGUUAUUUUGUCAAUGAUGGGGAUAGGAAUAACGGGGGGAGGUUCGAGGAGGAGAGAGACAAAGUGGAGGACAAUGGGGUGAUCGUGGGGGUGAUUGGAGCACGUUUGGAGAAGUCCCGGGUUAUGGAAUAUCGAGAGGUAGUUAAAACGAAGGACCAGAAUACUAGCUGGUUGGGUUAUGGAACUUCAGAAGUACCAACGCUCCAGGGGGAAUUUAUGAAGUUCUAUGGGACUUUGAGUGAUACUUAUGAACAGUUUUUGGAGAUGAAGGGGACAAAUCCCCGUAGAUAUAUUCAUUUAGGUAGAGAAAAAUAUUUCGAUAAACUGGUCUUCCAAAGACGAUUAUCCCUCUCCAUUGACACCCUCCUGAUCGAAGCCAACCACCGCGCCAAGACCGAAAACAAAAUGGCGUACAUCCACGUGGUGGGUUUAGGGUUAGGAGUGUGGAAACUUUCUUCGCAACAAGACCAACUCUUCAUGGACACUUUCGCCGAACGACUGGAAUUGUUGUCCGACACCUUAACCAACAUCAGCGACGUUCGUUUUGCCUACAUCCCCCAUAAAUCCGCCAAAAACUACAAACACGGUGACCAAAUUAGACAGAUUAAGUUGCACAUGGUCAAUCGAAAUCCGCAAGAGAAAUUGACAGGUAGCGACGAAGGCAAAUUGUUGGUGGUUUCGUACCCAUGGGAUGGCAACGCUUUGCCUGGCAAUGAGUUUUGGGGUGGGAGUUUGAGUGGUAGUGGCGACCCUGCGGCUGCUUGCUCGUCGCAGGUGGCAGAACUGCACAAUUGGCACAUAAAUUCCAAAGUUAGUGCUAGUAAUUUGAGGGUUGCUACCUUUAAGGGGUUGGUGACUUUAAAGGAGUAUCAAGAGUUGCACAAAAAUGAUUAGAGUUUCUUGUUGUUGAAUAAAUUGUUGAGGUUGUGUUUGUUUUGGGAAUGAAUUUUCUGUGUUAUUGAAGUGCUAUCGAUGAGCUAGAGGAGGUGACGAAAUGUUAUAAAAGUGUAUAUGAAUAUGAAUAAUAAGUGAUUAAUAAAGAAUUUUAGUGUUUUA